AUGAGCACUGAGUGCGACCUGGACUGGGGCAUCUUCCCGGCCGAGAGAGACUUUGAAGACCGCCUCAUCCGACCCCAGCUGGCCGAAGAGGAUGCCGCCAAAGCCGCGAGGAGGUCCGCCCUCCGCGUACAGCGAGCAGGGGCGGAGGCGGAGGAAGAGGUGGAGCCGGAAACCGAGCAUGACGCUCUCCAACGGGCACAAGACGAACUCGAUGCCGAAAUGGCAAGGCGACAAGCGGACCUCACACGGCGUAGGCGCGUAGGGCCGCGGCGGAGGCUGCUCGAGUGGCCCAACAGGAUGCAGAGCGCCGAAAACUCCAUCUCAACGAUCCGCGCGAGUAGUGAACUAGAGGAUAUUUCCACAGCAGAACAGCGUCUCCAGGCAAUGUCUGCGAACGGCAACAGCGCCAUGGACGUUGACGACGUCGUCGAUCUCUCCAUGUCAAGCCCGCUCAGCUCUCCUAAUGCCAAGAGCAAACCCAUGGGCAAGCGCAAGGCCGAAGGCGGCGACACCAACGGCGAGACCGGCGGCAAGAAGGUCAAGGCGUCAGGUGUCAUCGAGCUCAACGGCCGCAAGCUUGUGUUUUGCCAGACCCCCUACAAGCGCACAAUUCCUAUCAAAGCGCGCAUGUCUCUGACCAUGCUGUUGGCCGAGGCCAAGGAGGCGGGUAAACUGCUCAAGGAGAUCCCCGAGGAGCAUUGGGCCGUGGUUGUCAUGGCUGGUCACGAGCUUUCGACAGCAACGGAUUCUGCUUUCCUCAAGGGUAUUCGCAACGAAAUUGCGCAGCGCCAGUCUGACGUGGCCGAGCUGCUCACGAACGACCUCUUGGAACCGCUCGUCCAGAAACUCUUCACUCAACGCCACUAUGGCUUUCUUCCUGCCGACCUGAACGCUGGCAACUCAAAGCUGCCUGCAAGCCUGCAAAUUCGCUGCUGGGAGGCCAACGACAUGGACAAAUACUUUUCGGCCAGUGACCUCCCCGACCUCGUCGCGCGCCGCACAGAGCGUGAAAGCGCUCGCAACGAGUGCAUUCGCAUUGCCCAAGGCCUCGAUGACGUUGAAAAGCUGGAGCUUGUCAAGGGCGAAAAGGUGGACAAGAAGAGCGACAAGAAGGACACCAAGUCGGUCGACGCUGGCCCCAGCAAGGGUCAUGACCCAUCCACCAUGUCUCGCAAGACCAGGGAAGGAACAGCCUCGACGGUCGGAUCCAGCCGUCGCAGUCCCUCGCCUUCAAAGGGUUCACCCAGAAAGGUCAAGAUGACCGCAGAGGAGGAGGAAGAGGCCGAGGCCAAAAAGGCCGAGCGUGCAGCCAAAAAGGCCGAGCGCGAGGAGAAGCGUAAAGAGCAAGAAGAGAAGAAGGCUGCCAAGGAGCGCGAAGAGCAGAAGAAGGCCCAGGGGAAGGCUAAGCAGGCUCAGAUGUUUGGGUCAUUCUUUAAGACAGCCCCCAAGCCCAAGACGAAGAUUACACCGACCUUACUCACUGAAGAGACUCCCACCGCUGGACCGUCCUUAUCCAAGCCCAGGGACAAGUUGACGGAGAGCGACUUUAAGCGCGCCUUCAAGCCUCCAGUUCAGCGUGCCAAUGUCGACUGGGCUCCCAUCAACCGCUGGGCGUCGCAGAGCAAGGACUCGGAACCCAAUGCCGGUGAUGUUGACGGCUGGGCGCCAAAAGACUUUCUCAAAGACCACCUCUCUCGUCACAAGCGCACCACUGGUACCCCACGCUCACGCAUUCCUCGAGGCCUCAAGACUGCUCCCCUUUACGGAACCGUGGCGGACAUGUGGGCCACCUACCAGGAGGCUGAAGACCCCCGCAGCGUUCUCGACCAGCUUCGCAAUCGUAAGCGCUUUCCUUGGAAGACCCUUGCGUUCGACCAGCAGACCCGCCCUCCCUAUUGCGGCACCUUUACCAAACGCUCGGUCGUCGUCGGUCCCCGUACACCACUCGCCCAGGACCCGAUUUUCGACUACUCGUAUGACUCUGGUGAUGACUGGCAGGAGGAGGAGGGCGGGGAAGACUUGGACGACGCGGGCGAGGCCCAGGCCGAGCCUGACGAUGCCGACUCUGACAUGGCCGAAGACGACGAGUUUGAUGACUGGCUGGACGAUACCGAGGAUGCGGCGCUCCAGUAUGACGACGGCGAUGUCCCCAUGGGACCUGCAUCUCCCACUCGCCGCGAGGUCAAGCCCACCAAAAAGCUUGUUCCAAAGCGCAUCACCAAGCUCACGCCCACGGCGCAGGGCCCGUUCUGGGAGGAUAGCAUUGGAGACGCCCACGACAUUGUCAAAGACUACCGUAUCCAGCUCCUCAAUGACGCUCCUGCUUCCAUUGACCCGUUUACCUACGAGUCCGCGGAGCCAGUACAGCGCUUCAAGAUGACGUUCACGGACAUCUCUGUCGGCAACUACAAUGGUGUCAAGUGUCUCCUCUCCGCGGAGGAAGUGGCCGCUCCCAAGGUCGCCGCCGUUAAGCCUACAUCCACCACCACCACCGCCGCCGCCGCACCACCCAUGCCCCUUGGUGAUGCGUCGUCUACCGCCAACGCCACUACCAAGUCUCGCCCCAGUCCCAAGGUCAGCUUCCCCACGGAGCACCUUCCUGACCUCCUUCGCAUGAUCGAGGGCAGCACCAAGAUCCAGUCGGACCUCGUCUCGGAGCUUCGCGGCCAGUUUGAAAAGGUUGCCACCAAGGCCGCCAUCGAGGCCAAGGUCCGUGAAGUGGCUGUGCGUGAGGGCAAGAGCAAGGAUUCUCAGUGGCGUGUCAAGGCCGAGGCUUGGACGUCGGCUGGACUCACUCCCCCUCCGCGCGGCCUGCAGGCAAUGAUGGCUCAGGCGGCUGCUCAGGCUGUGUAA